AUGACUUCUAACAUUCCUGAGUCACUUAAUGCAGCCACCGUGGCAGCUAGAGAAGUACUUGUCACAAUACUUUUGGAGUGUUUGCGUGGAUUACUCAAAGAUUGGGCAUACACUAAUAGGAAACUAGCUCAAAAAACAAUGACAAGAUUGACACCAAUUGCAGAACAAGCACUCACCAACAACUUCGUAUACUCUUUGAGAUUAACUGUAAAGCCAGCAAAUGAAUAUUUGUUUGAGGUAUUUAAAGAAGAUAAGUCAUGGAUUGUAAAUCUUAAAGAACGAACUUGCACUUGCAAUAGAUUUCAGAAGGAUGAAAUGCCAUGUGGUCAUGCUCUUGCUGUGAUGAAGGAGAUGAACAUAGACCCCUACGAUUAUUGUUCACAUUACUACACAACAAAAGUAUGGCUAGAAACAUACGAUGCAACUGUGUAUCCAGUAGGGAAACAACAACAUUAG